CUCCGUGCCCGUAUCCUUCAGAGUGUUAUACUUAUACACCCUCGAUUUACGGUAAUUCGGUGUACGUUCUUCGCUAUAACGGGUCUUUUGAUUACAAAAUUUAGAUUUGCGGACCGAUUUCUUCGACAUAACGUUUUUCCAGGCAAAUGUAUUGGCUUGUAUAAAAACGCUACAGGCAGUUCUUUUUCAACAUUACGGUUUCUCUCUGAUCUACGCUCGCGUUAUCUCGUCAGGUUUCGUUGUGCUCUCUAAUUCAGCCUUUGUUUUGACUGCGAAGUGUUUCGUGUGUCUUACAUUUACAUUUUUUGAUUGCAGUUUGAGAGCUUGAUAAACAUGAGCCCUCCAAAAGUAAAGAUAGUGUUGGAAACGGAGAUGAAGAGAGCGCGAAAAGCUCUCACAAUUGAACAAAAGAUUGAGGUGAUAAAGAGAAUUGAGAACGGUGAGAAAAUGAAAAGUAUCUGUCUGUCUUUAAGUCUGGCUCAAUCUACUGUGCACACAAUUUUUGCAAACCGUGAGAAAAUAAGGAAAAGCUAUGUGUCAAAUGUAGGUGGUGGCAAAAUGCAUCGUGUCACAAGCCGUCAUGAGGUAUUUGAGAAAUUGGAGAAACAUUUAGUAGAGUGGAUGGGGACUCAGGCCAAUCAAGGCAUUCCUUUGUCUACGAUGCUGAUCCAGCAGAAGGCCAUGUCGCUGUUCGAGGACCUGAGGAAGAAGGCAGUGGAGGAAGGAGACAGCGAUGCCAAGGAUUUGUCAUUCAAGGCAAGUCAUGGCUGGUUCGAGAGGUUUAAGAACCGUUCAAUGUUGAGAACCAUAAUCACGGGAGAAGCGGCAUCUGCUGAUCAUGGGGUUGCAGCAGUUUUCCCAGCUCAACUGCAGAAGAUAAUCAACGAAGGAGGUUACACUGCAAAACAGAUUUUUAACGUAGACGAAAUGGGACUGUUUUGGAAACGCAUGCCUUCUUGUACCUUCAUCUCCCAGAACGAAAGGAAUGUCCCAGGGCACAAAGCUUCAAAAGACAAGCUUACCUUGCUUCUAGGAGGCAAUUGUGCAGGUGAGGUAAAGUUAAAACCACUUCUGGUGUAUCAUUCGGAAAACCCCCCUGCCUUGAUAGGAAUGGUGAAGAGUUCGUUGCCUGUGAUAUGGAGGUCGAACCGUCGGGCCUGGGUCACACGGGAAAUCUUUGCAGACUAUGUCCAGACUUACUUGUCACCCUUUAUCAAAAAGUACACUGCUGAACACAGUUUGGCAAACAAGGCCCUGUUAAUAAUUGACAGUGCUCCAGGUCAUCCAUCUAGCAUUGUUGACCACGGAGAUAAUAUUCAAGUGGUUUUUCUCCCCCCAAAAACAACAUCUCUGUUGCAACCCAUGGACCAGGGUGUCAUUACAACAUUCAGGGCUUAUUACUCGCAGUCAUUGAUGCAGUACCUGCUGGAUGGUGUAAAUGCUAAGGAAUCACUUUCAUUGAAACAGCUUUGGAAAGACUUCAGCAUUAAAAAGGCUUUGGAAUUCAUUGACCAUGCUUGGCACAAAGUGUCACCCAAAACAAUGAACGUUGUUUGGAACAAACUGUGCCCUCAAUUUGUCACAUUCGAAGUAUCGGGAUUCGAAGAGGUGACCGACGCAAAAGCUAAGAUUCUGGCUCUUGCAAUGGAGGUGGGAUUUAAGGAGGUUGACGGAGCAGAUGUGGAGGGCUUUUUGCAAUCGCAUGGAGAGGAGCUCACGGCAGAUGAGCUCAUCCAGCUCGACAGACAUCGGCUCACAGAAGAAGAAGAAGAAGAAGAAGCAAGGUAUACCCUCAACACAGAUCAGCUGAGAAUUGUUAUGGACCAUGGAGACAAAAUGACCAAUAUCAUUAGUAAAUAUGAUCAUGACAUGAUGCGAAGCAUAGCAUUCAAAAAUGCGAUCAACUCAGCCUUGGCUCCCUUCAAGGAGCUGUAUGAACGGAGACUACAGGAGCACAAGCAAAGUUCCAUCUUGAGUUGUUUCUGUCCCACGGAGUCUUCCACUUCUCCAACGGACUCGCCACAACCUUCCACAUCAGGAACUUCUUCUGGAGACACACUCAUCAAGAAAAGGAAGUUGUCCUUCAGCAUCUCUGACUCUGGCUUUGAAUUCCCACCUCAAAGUCCUUCCCCACCGAACUCUCCUCUGUCCCCACAAGAAUGAAGACUCCCUUGACUUUUUCUCCCCCCAUCCACAAGUUUCCCCUUUGGAUCAAGCCAAGCUUCUCCCUGAGGAGCAUUUGCUAUAAUUGUCUGACAUCACAGACAUGUGCUGCAUGGUGUAAAGACGUUUGUGAGAAAGUCUUCCCAACCAAGAGUGCCUCCAUCAGUUCACUGUCACUUGUG